AAAGGAUGUGGAAAACGAACCUGCCUCUAAAGUAGCAGACAAGAAAUCACCUUAUUUCAGUCAUUUCACGGUCCAUACCUUGAGUGACUGAGUUUUUGUUGAGCAAUGUUCUUUUCAUUUUCUACUAUACGUCCUAUUUUCAACUGGACCGCAAUUAUAUUUACUCUUAUUUUCGGUAUUCAUUACUGGCUCAAUCACAAAUCUUAUGUUUUUGAUGAAAAAAGUAUUGCAGCUCUGUCUCGAAAAUAUGUUGGUAAGUAAUAAGUAGUAAAGCAGAGAGCUAACUGAAAUUUAAGUAAUUGCUAAUAUUUACUAAUAACUACAGAUUUUAUUAUACAUACUCACACUUAUGAUAGUGUCCAUAAACUUAGACAUAUAUUAAUAUUAUAUUGCAUGUAUUAUAAUAAAACAGGUUAAGUUACAGGGGCGUAGGAAGAGAGGGCGCAUCACUUGGUCCGCUUGGAUGGCACUUUUUCUCUUAGUCUUAGCUUAGUCUUAAUACUCUUAUUCUUAUUACUUUAUUAUUAUGUGGAAGAGCUGUAUUUUUGGCCAACUCUUGCCAACUGCAUAGUUUUUUUUUUCAGAAGGCAGAAGGAGUCAGCAAAAAUAUUGGCCUGCCCUGAGCUGCUGCACUAACCUAGCUAUGCCAAUGAUUAUUGAUUAUAAUUAUAUGUAUUAUAUUAUAUAUAUUUAUAAAAUAAAUAUUGUAACUAUAGAUAUACAAUACAAUAUACAUAGUUAUAGUGAAUAGUCAUUUUUUAAAAUAAUGAGUAGCCUAUCUCCAUUUUGUUUGGCAACUUACUUAUUAAGGAACUUACAUUUUUUAGUUGUGAUGUCAAAAUUAUUACAUGUUUAGGCCUAAAGAUUAAAUAGAAAAUUUUAUUUUUUAUAACAGUUUAUAAGCCUAGCCCUCCACCCCCAUGGUUACAGAAUGAGGAGCCAUUUUUAUUACGAAGUGGUUAUGCGCAGCCGACUGCGUAUAACCCUGAGAGUUAUACGCAGUCGGCAAGUCACGUGACGUCUAUAUUCUUCCUGUGUUACAGUAUCAAUCAAUAAGGGUACCUCGUUAUUGGGGUGACUGGGUGGUCGAAUGGUAAAAACUGACCAAACCCCAAGUUGAUGGUCUGGAAUUCAAUUCCAGCCAACGGAAAGCCAACGUGUUAGUUGCUAUGUUUGUUCUCGAGAAUGAACCAAAAAACAACUCCGCUUAUUGCUUAUUAUUUUACUUUUGUUUUGGCUAAAAAAUGUUUAAACAUUGUACUAAUUAACUUGACCAAAGUAAUGUUAAUAAUGUUAUACUUAUAAUUAUCAUAAUAUAUGUUUGUGUUGUUAACAUAUAUUUUGUGUUGUUAACUAAUUUUGUGGCAGAUAAGAUCAUGUCAUGUUUCUCUGGUACAGUAAUAAAUAUAAUCAUGGGUGGAGAGCAGCAGUAAGAAAAUCGCCGUAGGGGCAGGGGUUCUGUAGAGGGGGCACUGUAAGUAAUACUUUCACACAGUUAUAGUUUUGCAUGGAAGCUGAAAACUGUUAUAUUUAGGUCAUCAAAAAAAUAAUCAUAAAUGAUAUAAUUUUUUAAAAAAUAAAUAGAAUGUAUUUCCUGAAUUAGUCAGUAAAACCAACCACAUAGACAUAGUCAUAGCAACAUAUAAAAACCUAAUCAAUCAAAAUACAUAACUAGACUGAGACCAUGGAAAUGCAUUUUAAAAAAUCUUAGACUUAGACUUAGACUCUAAGAAAUGUAGACUUUGACUUAUAAUUAUAAUAUAUAAGAUACAAGCAAUAAUACUAAUAAUAGCACUAAUACUAAUACUAUUUCUAUCAUUCAAUUUCAUUAUUAAUUAAAAUUAAUUCAAUUACAAUUUUACAUUAAACACAUUCAAAGUUCUAGUACAAAACAACCCGUCAUGCAGCUCAUUACGCAUCAUACUUUUUUUUUUUUAUUGCCAAACUAGCGGUGAUAAACCUUAUUUGGCUAAAUUCCCAGCCGACUGCGUAUAACCCUGAGAGUUAUACGCAGUCGGCUGGGAAUAACCCACAUGGUUAUGCGCAGUCGACUGCGUAUAACUCUCCGGGUCAUACGCAGCCGACUGCGUAUAACGCUUCCCUUUUUAUUAUUUAGAUCUGCAAAGAAAAUAUUUGGGGAGCCACAGGCUGAAGGCAUUAUAAAUUAGUUAAAAACUUUGCUGUAUCUAUUCUCUUAAAGAGCAACUGGAUGCCUAUGUCUGCUAUUACCUAUAUGCUAUUUAUACAAAUCUUAUAAUAAAAAUGUUGAACCCUUCAUGAUAUAUCUGUGUCACAACACACACUUUAAAAUCACAGCAUGAGGAUACUGUUUAGCAGUGUAAUUCAUCAAUGUUCAUCUGCCAGCAGCAAUGGAAAAUAAAAAUGAGAUAAUUAUUAUUUCUUUUUUUCAAACUACAGUUACAUUUAUAUAAAAAUCUUAAACUGAAUAGAAAAUAUAUUAUUGAAACCUGUGAUCAAAGCCAUAUUAACUAUAACAAAUGUAUAUUUUUUUAACUUGGGAUUAGUUGGCCCAGAUAGUAACAUCUCUACUGCGUAUGCCAAAGUCCUUGAAGGACUGAGAGCCAAAUACACAGGGCACAUACUUCCAGACCAGGACUUACAAUGGAUUUUCAUGAAUGCUGGUGGCUGGAUGGGAAGCAUGUGUCUGCUGCAUGCAUCCUUAACUGAAUACGUUCUCUUCUUUGGAACUGCAGUCGAUACCACUGGACAUUCAGGUAGAGUUGAAAAUCUUCAAAUUAGGGGACAAUGACUGGGGACAAAUGAACUGUCUCAAGCAUUGAACUAAGGUUCAAUACUUAAGUGACAAGUUUGCUAAAGUGGGUGGGUCCAUUAUUAGGAAUAAUGAGACUAACCCUUUAACUCCAACCUACGCCUAUAAAUUCAUGGAUCUAUGGUGUUCAUAAGGCUAUUUCACUGGAUAAACCAAUUCAAAAAAAGGAUGACAACCCCUGGCUAAAUAAUCUCAACAACAAAAGGGGGGGGGGGGGGGGGCUGAAUGAUAGUGAGCCCUAAAAAAUGUUUUUUUUUUAUAAAUUCUUUUCUAGUUAUCAAAAUGAAUAUCAGAUAAUGUCAUGUGAAGCUGUGAAAAGCCUUUGUUGACAUAAUUUUUGAGGCUGAAUGAAUACAAUAAAUCUUUUCUGACCAAAAGAAAACUGUUUUUAAAUUUUUGGUGAACUCUUUUUAAAUUUUUGGUGAACUCUUUUUAAAUUUUUGGUGAACUCUUUUUAAAUUUUUGGUGAACUCUUUUUAAAUUUUUGGUGAACUCUUUUUAAAUUUUUGGUUAACUGUUUUUAAAUUUUUGGUUUAGGAUUUUGUGUGCUUUUAAAGUUAAAGUUAUUCAUUACCUUAAGACAAGAAUAAAGUGUAACUGAAAACCACUGUGAAUCAAAAUAUGCCAAUAGAAAUACAUCUGCUUUAAAGCAUAUUUAUGUAACUCUUGUUUUUUUCUAUUUGGGCACAAAUUAAUCUAAACUUGUUCAAACUAUUUAAAUACGUACUGUACAUUUAUUUUCCAACUUAGGUCGCUACUGGGCUAACAUAUCUGAUACAAUACUCACUGGAACGUUCUACCAGUGGCAGGAAGGGUCGCUGACCCGAACAGUCUAUAAGCCUGGUUAGUUUGGUUUUUUCAUAACUCUGAAACAGUAGUAGUUUUCUGACGUCAUGGUUAUUUUUUUUAAAAAGAAGUUUUGAAAUAAAUUAUACUAAUUUAUAUUAUUGUCUCGUUUAAGGGUUUGGUUAAUCACAGAGAACAGGAUUAUUGCCUUAAAGUUAAUUGAGGAAAACACAGUAGGAAAUCUAGAACUUAAUUGUGAUGCUUGAACAAAAUUGCCCACAAGCCAUUUUAAACCCUUCUCUUUCUCUUUAUACCAUCUGCUUUCUACUUACAUUCCAUUUAUUUUGAUUCACCUCAGGUGACACAGUCUUCCAUGGAAUGGGUGAGGCGACCGCUGUGUCCUGGACAGCCGGCACAUGGAUGGUAGAGUAUGGCAGGGGUUUCAUCCCAUCCACAUUGUUUUUUGCGCUGGCCGACUCGUUCACGAGCACCACGGAUUUCCUGACUGUGUUUUACAUCAUCAAGGUUUACAUCAAGGCAAUGUUCCUAGAAGUCAUGUUUUACAUCGGAGACUUCAGGCAACUCAUUAAAGACAGUUUAUGAUAAUUCUUUCCAUAAUUAAAAAAAAUUUAAACCUGCCAUCAAAACCAUUUUAUGUAUAGGUGAUUUUUUUUGGAAAUAUUUACAUGGAAGCCCAUAAAUAUUUUACAGAUUAAAAUUUUUUAUAUCCAUUUCUCUAGUAAACUUUUGACAGAAGCAUAUGGAUUUGCCCAUCAUACACUUUUUGUCCUUAUUAGGAGGUGUAUUGAUGCAUGUUAUGUAAUGAUUUCUUUCCAUCCUCAUUUCAGGUUUUUAUUUUACUGUACAGUUUUUCCAAGUUUAUUCUGUCGGUUGUAGUUUGAUAGUUCAAGGUUUACCAACUUUUUGUAAUAAUAUUUAUGUCAUCACAAUGUGCUUUCACGCAGAUGAGCUUUGUAAAAUACUCAACAAUUUGAGUUUAGCAUAAAUGUUGAUUUUGCUCAUAGAUUACCUGAAUUUCACUUUAAAAAAUUUUUCAUCACAAAUUAGGACAUGGAGUUUCUGCUCUCCUUUGAAGGAUUUUUGUGCUUCUUUUAACAUAGAUUAUCAUGCAAUUAAUGGAGAAAUGCCAUUUAGUCCAUUCCAUUUCUUCUAUUGAUAUUAUUUCAGCAAUAAGUAAAUGCCGAAGUGUAACAGAUUUCUUAAAAAAUAUUUUUUGUAUCGUUUGAUAUUAUGUGUAUAUUGAUGAUAUCAUUUAAAUGUGUUUGUGUUCAUCACUGGAUGUUUGUUCAUUGAUGGAUAAAACUCUUGUUAAGCAUAUUUUGAAAACUUACCAUCUUUAGAUAUACAUUUUUUUUUCUGAACAUAUUUUGUAUUAUGAACAGAUGAAAAGACCUGUGGUGGUUAAGCGUAAACUGUCAUUUAAUGAAACAUUCAUGUUUCCCG